AUGCUCAGAUUCAAGGACAAGAGCGAAAGUGAUGUGAUUGUGUACGAAGUCGACUGCACAGAGAGGUGGCAGGAAGACGACAGCACAGAGCAUGGCAUGGGUGCACUUGCUCCCCACAACAGAAUGCAUGUGUACGACACCUUCAUCCUGCCCCUCUGCCUGGAGGAACCAGACAACACUGGGGGAGUUCAUGGCAAACCCAUGGAUGUCAAAGACCCCAGCAACUACUUUGGCUAUGUCAGGAGGGACUCUGAGCUCACCUAUCAAGUGAAGAUGGCCUACAACCAGUGGGAAAUCGAGGACACCAAGUUCAAGACUCUCUUUGGGUUCAGCCCAGAAAACUCCCCUGCUGUGACUCACAAGAAGAUAGUGCAUGCAGACUGGAAGACAGACAGCAUGCUGUCUGUGUCCGAAAGCAUGCCCUACCAGGGGAGUCACAACUACAGAGAACUCUUUCAGUACCACCCUCUCACAAGUGUUGUGUUCAGUGUGGGUUCAAACAAUGACCUUCAUCUGAGGUCUGAAGACACCAUGCACACUCCCAUACCUCCCUCCUUGGUCUACGACGUGGAGGAACUGCUUGUCUACAUGAUGCGAGCUUACAAGCACCCCAUGUCUUGCUCUGAUGGCAACCCUUUCAAACCUUUGGCCAGAGCUGUGCUGGCUUCUGAAGACCCACACGUUCAGCUGUCUGUCAAGAAAGUGUUUUCUCAUGCAGGCAUUCAAGUGCAUAUGCCUGCUCCCAAAGCUUCUCGCAGCAAAGUCCAAGAAGAGGAAAUGUAUGCAUACAAACAGGGCCUGGCUUUGCUCUUGGAACAGCAAAUGAUAAAGUUCAGUGCUGUAUUGCCCGAUGGAGCACCCUUUGUCAGGUGGUUCAAGAAGACUUCGCCCAUUGGAGACCUCUACCAUGACCUUUAUCGAGAAUUUAACUUUGAAGGCUACAAAGUCUACUACCUGACCACCGAUGGAGACGAAGCAGUGAUGGCAGCUCCAUUGCCUGAUGUGACUGUUGAGGAAGCCAUAGACUUGAUACAGACUGGAAAUCAUGUGACAUUAACAUUCGAGGAACAGAUGUAG